AUGGUGUUUGCGGUGGAGGAAAUCAAUCGUAACAGCACCCUGCUGCCAGGAGUGAAGCUGGGCUACCGUAUACUUGACAGCUGUUUUCGAUACCCCUGGGCUCUGCAAGGUGCACUGUCAAUGGUUGGAGGAGACGCACACAGCUGCGACUUAACAGCUUCUACGCCUCAAUCUGCAGGUGGUCAGCUUGUUCCUUUGCUCAUUGGUGCUGCUGCAUCUACAACAGGCAUAAUGCUGUCCAGGAUACUGGGGCCUCUCUCUGUGCCGGUGAUCAGCUACUUGGCUAGCUGCCCCUGUCUUAGUGACAGGACAAAAUUUCCUAACUUCUUCAGAACAAUCCCCAGUGAUAUUUACCAAGCCCGGGCCAUGGCACAACUGGCCAUACGCUUCAACUGGACAUGGAUCGGAGCGGUGAUCGUAAACAAUGAUUAUGGUCAACUGGCGAUACAGGUAUUUCAGGAGGAGAUUCAGGGGAAAGGAGUGUGUUUGGAAUUCAUAGAGACUGUUAACAGAGAAACUAUAGUGAAUGAUGCCAGACGUGCAGCUCUCAAAAUUAAAGCUUCAACAGCAACCGUGAUUCUGAUCUUUUGUUGGUACACAGAUGUAAAGAAAUUGUUUCUGGAAUUGGCCACAAGAAAUGUAACAGACAGACAGUUUCUGGCCAGUGAGGCUUGGAGCACCAGUGAUGAUCUUCUUCAGGAUCUUGCCAUUUCUAAAGUGGCAAGUGGGGUGCUUGGAGUGGCUAUUCGAAGUUCAACAAUACCUGGAUUUGAAAAUUAUCUCAGGAAUUUGCACCCAAGUCAUCGUCCUGAUGAUGAAUUCUUCAGAGAAUUCUGGCAAAAGGAGUUUGGAUGCACUCCUGGAGCUGAACAAUCACAAGAAACACAAGCUUCAUAUUUCUCUUCACCACGCAGAACAUGGUCUGACCAUCCAUCAAAUGUUUCGUCUAUGAGCAAAGAGGCCCUUCUGAAAGCUUCUCUACCAGCCUGCAGUGGGACAGAGUCCCUGGAGGGAGUGCAGCAUCCCUUCACUGACACCUCUCAGCUAAGGGUGGCACAUAAUGUGUACCUGGCUGUUUAUGCUGCAGCCCACGCCCUCCACAGCCUUCUCUCCUGCCCCAACAGAGACAGCCCUCCUGGAAACAACAGCUCCACCUGCUCCUCUCCAAAACACAUCAAACCCAGGGAGCUGUUGCAGCAUUUGAAGAGAGUGAACGUCACCACACCACAAGGAGAAAUGUUUCAUUUCCAAGGUGCUGACAUUCCGGCGAAGUACGACCUUGUCAACUGGCAGAGUACCCCUGAUGGAUCACUUAAACUUGUUUUGAUUGGUCAUGUGGACGGGUUUGACCUCCACCUUAAUGAGUCAGCUAUUCAGUGGAGCACAGGAUCCAAUCAGGUUCCUGUUUCAGUGUGCAGUGAGAGCUGCCCCCCAGGUACCAGAAAGGCCAACAGGAAAGGAGAACCUCUCUGCUGCUUUGACUGUAUCCCAUGUGCUGAAGGGGAGAUUAGCAAUAAAAGUGGUUCUCUUCACUGUGAGCGUUGUCCAUCUGAGUUCUGGUCCAAUUCUGAACAAACAGCCUGUGUCCCUCGUCAGCUGGAUUUUCUUGCCUUUAAUGAAACAUUGGGCAUCACUCUGACCACUGCAGCUGUGUCUGGUGCUGCAGUGACGACAGCUGUAUUUGUGGUGUUUCUUUACUACCGCAAAACACCUAUGGUGCGAGCCAACAACUCCGAAUUGAGCUUCCUGCUUCUUCUGUCUCUGAAGCUUUGCUUCCUUUGCUCACUGGUCUUCAUCGGUCGUCCAUCAGUCUGGUCCUGUUGGUUCCAGCAGGCAGCCUUUGGGAUCAGCUUUGUACUUUGUGUUUCCUGCCUCCUGGUCAAAACCCUUGUAGUUCUUGCUGUUUUCCGCUCAGCUCGGCCUGGUGCUGAAACUUUGAUGAAGUGGUUUGGUCCGGGCCAACAGAGAGGAAGUGUCGGCCUCUUUACUUCUGUACAGGUUAUCAUCUGUGCCAUAUGGCUGUCCCUCAGCCCUCCAGAGCCUCGACGUGAUCUGGGUUUCCAAGGGUCAAAGGUCACCCUGGAGUGUUCCAUGGCCUCUGUGGUGGGCUUCUCUCUGGUUCUGGGCUACAUCGGCCUGCUGGCCUGCACCUGCCUCCUCUUGGCCUUUCUGGCUCGGAAACUCCCUGACAACUUCAAUGAGGCCAAACUGAUCACCUUCAGCAUGCUGAUAUUCUGUGCUGUCUGGGUGGCCUUUGUCCCUGCUUACGUUAGCUCUCCUGGGAAGUAUGUUGUUGCUGUGGAAAUUUUUGCAAUCCUUGCCUCCAGCUAUGGUUUACUGAUCUGUAUUUUCGCCCCCAAAUGUUUCAUCAUCCUACUGAGGCCUGAGAAAAACACCAAGAAACACCUGAUGGCCAGAUAGUGUUUCUUGAUUGAUUGACUCUUCACCAUUUUUAUAUGAUGGCCCAUAACUUGCUAUCAUGUAUAAGCUUAUCAGUGUGUGAUAUGUCAAUUGUUCUAAAUCUAAAUAAUAUUGAUUUCUAAUGUACUAACCUGUAUGAGGUCAAUAAA